AUGGCAUCAGUUCCGCACCCUUUGUCUGCUCUAUCUCUCGCAGAAACUAACAAAGCCCGCGAUAUUGUCCUCUCUGCCCACCACGGAUCCGUCCUCGAUUUCAGGCAGAUUUAUGUCUUGGAACCGCCAAAGGCCGAGGUGUUGAAAUUCUUGGACCUUGAGCACUCUCAGAAACUUACAGCUUCGUCACCGAGACCAGCAAGAUGCGCACAGGUUUUCUACGAUGUCAUUGGCGGUACAAGCAAAGCACAGUACACUGAAUCCAUAGUCGACCUUGACCUUGGCAGGAUUAUUGAACAGAAAGUCAUUGGUUCUGAGCACCAGGCAAGCUUAACAGUCUUUGAAUUCGAAACCCUUGCUCAAGCAGUAGAGCGUUCGGCACUCUUCAAGGAGAAGGUCGCGGAGCUCAAGUUACCAGAGGGUUUUGAGGUCGUCAUCGAGCCAUGGCCCUACGGCGCUCCCGAUCCAGCGGAUGGGGACCGCCGCUUCUUCCAGGCCCUCAUUUUUGCACGGGACACGCGGAGCAAUAACCCGGAUUCCAACUUCUACGCCUACCCCCUGCCCCUGAUCCCUGUCAUGGAUGCGCAUACCAAGGAAGUCGUGCGUAUCGACGAGCUUGCUACUGGCGGCAAGGGCGACGCCUUCAAGGGCAAGACGCACAAGCCUACUGUUGUUGAUCACUGCAAGAACAGCGAGUACGUGCCCGAACUGCUGCCGAACGGUACGCGCAAGGAUCUUAAGCCCUUGACUGUGGUCCAACCUGAAGGUCCCAGUUUCUCGGUGUUGGAUGGCAACCUCAUCCAGUGGCAGAAGUGGCGUAUGCGCGUAACUUUCAACCCUCGUGAGGGUGCUGUUGUUCAUGAUAUUCGAUACGAUGGGCGUCCAGUAGUUUACCGUUUAAGCAUGAGCGAUAUGACUGUGCCUUACGCAGAUCCUCGGCCGCCUUUUCACCGUAAGCAAGCAUUCGACUUUGGCGACGGUGGUCUCGGUAACGCCGUCAACAAUCUGACUCUGGGGUGCGAUUGUCUUGGCGUGAUCAAGUACUUCGAUGGUGUCCUUACCGAUGCCAAGGGAAAUGCCGUUGAAACCAAGAACGUCAUCUGCCUCCACGAGCAGGACAACGGCAUCAACUGGAAGCACACAAAUUGGCGCACUGGCCGCGCUGUCGUGACACGUCGCCGCGAGCUCGUUAUCCAGUUCAUCAUCACGCUCGCCAACUACGAGUACAUUUUCAAUUUCAAGUUUGAUCAGGCGGCCGGCAUCGUCGUCGAGGCACGCGCCACGGGUAUUGUAUCAGUUGUCAACAUUGACCCGGGCAAGACUGCUCAUUGGGGCAACGUUGUAAGCCCAGGUGCUCUGGCACAGAACCAUCAGCAUGUUUUCUGUGUACGCAUCGACCCCUCAAUCGACGGAAACGAGAAUACCGUCGUGCAGGAGGAAAGCCUACCUCUGAAGAUCGACCAGCGGACAAACCCUAAUGGUAAUCUUUACGAAGUCAGACAGACGCCAGUCACCACGUCGGGUGGUUUCGACGCAGCGCCUAUGAACAACCGUGUCUUCAAGGUCCAGAAUCUGAAGAAGUCAAACCCUAUCAGUGGAAAGCCUGUCGGAUACAAGAUCACACCUCCCGCAACGCAGCUUCUCCUCGCCGACCCCAACAGCAUCCAGUCCAAGCGUGCGCUUUUCGCUCGCCACCACCUCUGGGUCACAAAAUACAAGGACCAUGAGCUCUACGCCGGCGGUCGAUACACCCUGCAAAGCAAGGUCGAGGUCGGAGGUGUCAAGGAUGCUGCCGACAGGAACGACGAUGUCCUCAACCAGGAUGUUGUGGUCUGGAGUGUCUUCGGACUGACACACAACCCUCGUACCGAAGAUUGGCCAGUGAUGCCCGUCGAAAUGCUGCAAUUGCACAUUACACCUUCUGAUUUCUUCACCGGCAACCCAGCGCUAGACGUACCCUCAAACAAGGACAUUGGCUCACAACUGACCUCAGGCAACGGUAGUUGCUGUGCCGAGGAACAACUUCCCAUUCGAAGCAAUUUAUAA